AAAAAUGCCGAAACAGAAGCAACCAGCAGCAGUAUAGUUAAAACAACAGUCCCAGAGACAACCGAUUCAUCCUCAAUAAUCCAGAACCCCAAGGAAACGACUCAAGAACCUAGAGAUAAAGAGCUAUGGAGUGACGAG